AUGACAGCCCUAGUCGCUGAUUUUGGUAUAUCUCGUUUAACUAGUACAAAUUCCAUAGAUUCACUCAGUACAACAACAUUUGCACUCAAGGGAUCUAUCGGGUAUAUUGCUCCAGAGUAUGGAUUGGGUGGGAAUGUUUCUGUAAAGGGAGAUGUUUAUAGUUACGGAAUUCUGAUAUUAGAGAUGGUUACAAGGAAGCGGCCAAGUGAUGACAUGUUUGUAGGAGACAUGAGCUUGCAAAAGUGGGUGAGUUCAGCUUUUCCAAACGGAGUGGCAGAAAUUGUUGAUAGCGCGGUACUGAAAGAUGUGAAUGAAAACAUGGAAGAAAAUAAAUGUCUUAUUUCAUUCAUUCAUGUUGGUUUACUUUGUAGUGGUGAAUCACCAAGAGAAAGACCUUCCAUGAGAGAUGUAGCCAAAGCCUUGGAGAGCCUAAAGACAUCUCUGAUCGGAGGUGCAGCUGCUUCCAAUUUAACAGCCACUAUAUCAGAACUCCUGGACAAUACCAAUCUCACAGGAACAUUGGCAUCUGAUAGUCAAAGUUCUUCAUUUUAG